AUGACCAAGAUUAGAGGUCAUAAAGAUGAUUUAAUUAUUAUGGUUUCAGAACAACCUAGCACCAAGUUGGAUCCCAGACUUGUGACAUACCAUCAUGCUGUGGUGCAAAUCAAAAAACGAGGACACAUCGAUAUCAUUUGCAAGCCCAUGCACCCACCUAGCGUGAAAAUCAUACUGAAACCUACAACUAAUUCAGACAACACUGAGACUUCAGCCACCACCAGCCUAUUUGAUAAUUAUGGUAGCACUUGUAUCUUGGACAGUACCAAUAAAGCCUCGGCACGGCAUAAAUUCAGUGAAAGCUCACGCAUUGAUGGCAUCGCAUUGAGUGCCUCCACAAGGGUCAUCCAAACGGAUGGGCUGUACAAAUUCAAGAUCUUAUUAAAGUCAAUAUCAUCCAAUGAAGAAUGUAAGACUGGAUCCCACUACUAUACAACACCUGGCAGCGCAUACCUUAGAGCUGACCUUAAGCCACGAACGGGCAAUGAUGCGACCUUAUUUGCUACGGCGAGACAGCAGCAGGCACAGUUUGAUACUUCAUCUCGCCAAGAGGAAAAAACAGGGGAUGAAUUGGCGAGAAGCCUGAUGGAGCCUGAUAUAACAUCAGCAAAACCAGCCACGUCUGUAAAAGACAUUUUGUCUUAUUGGGCAGAUGAAGAAUGCAGAGUGCCACCGAUUACUUCCACUUUUGCUGAUUCUCAGAGCCAGUCAUUUAGGACGUCAGGCAACUUGGAUACAAACUCAAUCACCGCCCAUAACUUGGCGUCCCACCUCCACGCUUACAACAGUACCAGUGCCUUUUUUGAUGAUCCACCUCCAACUUGGGGAAGUAUAAUCAGCCGCAGAUCAACCACAGAGCCGCCAUCAAUACCAACAUCGAUAACCAGAAGUAGCCAUAGCGUUUCUAUGGAUCAAAAAUAUGAUGUUGAUAGACCAUCCUCAAGAAUCACCAACCAGAAUUCGCUUUACGCUAAUAACAAUACAGGCUCCAGUUCCUUCUCCGAGGACCCAUUUUGGGAAAACGAUAGCAGCUAUAGAUCAACUGCAGCACCAAUAUCAGUGUCAGCGUCAAUCUCCACACCCAAAAGCAGUCACAGAACCGUUCCCAUGGAUCAACCACACGAUGUUCAUUUUUGUCAUUAUAAUCCGGCUCUUGGUAGCUAUAACAUGGUCGGGGCGCAUCGUACGUUGUUGAAAGAUUAUCCAGUCUUAUCGCUUCAUGUGGAAAUAGUAGAGUCUGCUAGAGAAAAGAUGACGCAAAUGAUAAAGUCCAAAAAAUGUGAGAAGGGAACGUCGUCUUCUGGCUUGAGAAGGGUACGGAGACUAUCGACAUCAUCGUCGGCUUCUUCACACUUCUCCACCACUAGUAGACCUUCGGUAGCAUUGCAAGCGCCCGUCACCGUAGAUAUUUCGCAUUUAAAUUUCCCGGCAUUUAAAGCCAUGAUAACGUAUAUCUACACACACGACAUCGAAUCCAUUUUAGCCGAUGUCAAUACCGUAGCCGCGACACCACCUCCACCCCCCACCCCACCCCUCCGCGGCCUUUCUGAAGAGAGAACAAAACCAGCAGGUUCGCCUGAGGCAGAGACCCUACAAAUCGGCGAACUCUUACUGUUAGCUCAUCAAUUUGACAUUCAGGAGUUAGUCAAGGACUGUGCGCGGCUAAUCCAAUCGUACCUUAGUGUCGAGAAUGCGAUCCCAACUUUGGUCCGCUUGGGAAGCGAGUAUGAGGAGAUCAAGAAGCCAGUUAUGAGCUUUAUAAAGAAAAAUUUUGCAAAGAUCUUUGGGCGUGAAGAUGAAGUGGAUCCAUUCUUGCAGUUCCGACACGACGAUGAAUAUCAUGAGUGCAGUGUUAACCUGAUGGCAGAGAUCCUAAGGAUGAUAGCAAUGAAUAGAGAGGAAAUCGGGGAUACCGCGAGUAGAAGGGAAACGAAAACUUUCCAAAGUGAACCAGUUGGACAUAGAAGCAGCAGUAGAGCAACAGCACCAGCGGUUGAGACUGAACCAAUUGUUGAUGCUGAACCAAGAGCAGGUGCUGAACCAGGGAUUGAUACUCAGCAAGUAGUCAGUACUGAAUCUAGUAGCCAAGAUGAGAUAACAUCGCCCUUCAUCAUUUAUUAA